CGGGGCUGUCCGCGUCCGCGGCGAGCGGGCCAGCCGCCGUGGCCGGGGCUGUCGGGGGUCGGCGGCGCGCCGUUCUCGCUCGCUCCCGCCCGCCCGCCAGUGCUGCCUCCUUGGGCGCUGCGUAUGCGAGCCGCCCGAGCGGCGGCCGCCAUGUUAGGAGUGCGGUGGCGGCGCGACCUGCCUCCUCGGGCGGCGGAGGAGUGGAGUCAACAUAUCAAUGGAGCAAGUCACAGUCGUCGAUGCCAGCUUCUUCUUGAAAUCUACCCAGAAUGGAAUCCUGACAAUGAUACAGGACACACAAUGGGCGAUCCAUUCAUGCUGCAGCAGUCUACAAAUCCAGCACCAGGAAUUCUGGGACCUCCACCUCCUUCAUUUCAUCUUGGAGGACCAGCGGUUGGCCCAAGAGGAAAUCUGGGUGCUGGUAAUGGGAACCUACAAGGACCAAGACACAUGCAAAAAGGCAGAGUGGAAACCAGCCGAGUUGUUCACAUUAUGGAUUUUCAGCGAGGAAAAAACUUGAGAUACCAGCUAUUACAACUGGUAGAACCAUUUGGAGUCAUUUCAAAUCAUCUGAUUUUAAAUAAAAUUAAUGAGGCAUUUAUUGAAAUGGCAACCACAGAAGAUGCUCAAGCUGCAGUGGAUUAUUAUACAACUACACCAGCAUUAGUAUUUGGCAAGCCAGUGAGAGUUCAUUUAUCCCAGAAGUAUAAGAGAAUAAAGAAACCUGAAGGAAAACCAGAUCAGAAGUUUGAUCAAAAGCAAGAACUUGGACGUGUGAUACAUCUCAGCAAUUUACCACAUUCUGGCUAUUCUGACAGUGCCGUCCUCAAGCUUGCUGAGCCUUACGGGAAAAUAAAGAAUUACAUAUUGAUGAGAAUGAAAAGUCAGGCUUUUAUUGAGAUGGAGACCAGAGAAGAUGCAAUGGCAAUGGUUGACCAUUGUCUGAAGAAGGCACUUUGGUUUCAGGGGAGAUGUGUUAAAGUUGACUUGUCUGAGAAAUAUAAAAAACUGGUGCUGAGGAUUCCUAACAGAGGCAUUGACUUACUGAAAAAAGACAAAUCCCGGAAAAGAUCCUAUUCUCCAGAUGGAAAAGUCCCAAGUGAUAAGAAAUCCAAGACUGAUGGUUCACAGAAGACUGAGAGUCCAGCAGAGGGUAAAGAACAAGAAGAGAAGUCAGGUGAAGACGGUGAGAAAGACACUAAGGAUGACCAGGCAGAACAGGAACCCAGCAUGCUUCUUGAGUCUGAAGAUGAGCUGCUUGUCGAUGAGGAGGAAGCAGCAGCUCUCCUAGAAAGUGGUAGUUCGGUGGGCGAUGAGACUGAUCUUGCUAAUUUAGGGGAUGUAUCAUCUGAUGGGAAAAAGGAGCCUUCAGAUAAAGCUGUGAAAAAAGAUGCAAGUGCUUCAGCAGUAUCCAAGAAAAAACUUAAAAAGGUGGAAAAGAUGGAGGAACUUGAUCAAGAAAAUGAAGCUGCCUUGGAAAAUGGGAUUAAAAAUGAGGAAAAUACAGAACCAGGUGCUGAGUCUGCUGAAAAUGCUGAUGAUCCAAACAAAGACACAAGUGAAAAUGCAGAUGGCCAAACUGACGAAAACAAGGAAGAUUAUACAAUUCCAGAUGAGUAUAGAAUUGGACCGUACCAGCCAAAUGUUCCUGUUGGUAUAGACUAUGUGAUACCUAAAACAGGGUUUUACUGUAAGCUGUGUUCACUCUUUUAUACAAAUGAAGAAGUUGCAAAGAAUACUCAUUGCAGCAGCCUUCCUCAUUAUCAGAAAUUAAAGAAAUAUCUGAAUAAAUUGGCAGAAGAACGGAGACAGAAGAAGGAAACUUAAGAUGUACAAGAAGCUUAAUUAUUUCAAAGAAAACAAUGGUUCUUUGAUUUUAAUGUUAACCUUUUUUAAAUACAAUACUGAUAGUUAGAAAACUAUUGUACUCUUUUGUUUUAGUGGAAAAAUAAUAGAUGUCUGUUCAUGUGUUUAAGUGUUAUAGCAGAAAGUACACAUACGGUUAAGUUAAUGAAAAUGUUUUUGUUUCAUCAGAAUGGCAACAGACAAAAGUACUUUGUAGAGAUUGACUGUUGUAAGCUUUGGAAAACAACUUGCACCACUAAGAGAAAGAUAACAUAGAACCAUUCAGAAAAAUGAAAUUUAGUAGUUUGAGGCUUCAAAGAAAUGUCAACGUUUGAUUCCAUUCAAUAAAGAACAAAACCAAUUGUAUUUUUUAUUACUUUUCAUCUGAAACAUUCCACAUUUUAAUCUGAGCCUUGCAGACUUUUCAUUUGACUUUGGAAGCUGUUUUGGUUGCAUUUCAUUUUUAGAGAACUUCAUUCAUGUGAGAUUGGCAAUUCAAAUGCAGGUGCAGUUUUCUUUUAAUGUCAUGCUGUUUAGAUGAUAAGAAAUAUUAAGUAAUUGGCUUUAGAUUUGUAAUUUUUUCCCUGAGUUCCUGCUAGGUUUCGUAUUCUAGUAGUCAAAUGUUAUUUCAGUGAAAUGUAAAAAUAUUCCCGUUCUCUUUGACCAGUAUUAAUUUCUUGAGAAACUAUUGCUUGUCACUUGAAUCCUGUAGCUGUCAUACAUCUCUGGUAUAAGCAACAUUUGAUUUUUGAAGUGUGUAAACCAUCUCUAUAUUUUCAGGAUGUGAUUUUACAUUUCUGCAUUUUAAAAAGAGUUUGGCCAUAAUUCUAGACGCACGCUUCUAAUUCAUGUACCUGCACAUGUGACCUUUGUGAGCAGAACUUUGCAUGUAUAAUCUGUGUUUACUUGUAACUCUCUGGUUAUAUACUGCUUAUAUCUGUGGAUUCAAGUUACUGAAGUGAAUACCAAUAAAAAAAACAAACCUAG